AUGGAAGUACCUGAAAAUAGAAAGUGGAUGAAUAAUAGAGUUGAUUGUCAUAAGAAUAUCACUGCAGAAUUUAAUAUUGGAGUUCAUGAGUUUAUUAUGUUUGCUUUGGCACAAGAUAAAAAUAAUAUUGGAGGAGGGAAUAUUAGAUGCCCGUGUAAGAAUUACAAAUGUAUGAAAUUUGGAAAUCCAGAAGAAGUGAAGGAACAUCUAUGUAGGAGGGGAUUCAUGAGUGAUUAUUAUCAUUGGACAAACCAUGGUGAGGCGAUUCCCCCAAUUCCUCCAGUGGUUGUUAGUCAGUCAUAUUAUGGAAGUAGAGGCCAGAGGGAAAUGUUUGAUAAUUAUGAGCAGUUAGUAAUGGAUGCCGCAGGACCAGAAAUUGGAAACUAUGUAGAGCAAGAAGGUCAAGACGAAGAGGAUAUAAUGGAAGAAUAUCCUAAUGAAGAGGCAGAAAAGUUCUUUGAAAUGUUGAAAGCAGCACGAUCACCUUUAUGGGAUGGUUGUGAUAGAUACUCCGUGUUGUCAGCAUCUUUAACAGCAUUAAGUUUGAAAGCAGACUAUGGGUUGUCUGAAGGUUGUUUCAAUGGAUGGAUGCAAUUUAUGGGAAAUGCUUUGCCAAAGAAUAAUUGUCUGCCUACAAGUUUUUAUCAAGCAAGGAAAUCGAUUGCUGAACUAGGGCUGGCGAGUUUAAAAAUUGAUUGUUGUGUGAAAGGAUGUAUGUUGUAUUAUAAGGAGGAUGACACACUCAAAGAGUGUAAAAUAUGUGGAGAGGAGCGAUAUACGCAUGUUAGAAGACGGGGACAUGAUAAAUUAGUUCCACGAAAAACUAUGUGGUACUUCCCACUUGUUCCGCGACUACAACGCUUAUAUUCCUCAUUACAAACAGCUCGUGAAAUGAGAUGGCAUCGUGAGAAUCCAAGGGAGAAUGGUUCGUUAUCUCACCCGUCAGAUGCAGAAGCUUGGAAACACUUUGAUGAAACAUGGCCCAACUUUGCUCGAGAUCCUCGAAAUAUUAGAUUAGGCUUGUGUUCAGAUGGAUUUGCUCCAUUUGACAAAACAGGCAAACUUUAUUCUUGUUGGCCUGUGAUUAUCACUCCAUAUAAUUUGCCACCUUGGAUGUGCAUGAGAAGAGAGUUUAUGUUCUUGACCAUUAUAAUUCCUGGCCCAUCCAACCCAAAGAGGAACAUUGAUGUGUAUUUGCGCCCUUUGAUAGAUGAAUUGAAAAUGUUAUGGGACGAUGGAGUUAUGACUUAUGAUGCCGCAAUAAUGUGGACUAUUAACGACUUUCCAGCCUAUGGGAUGUUAAGUGGUUGGAUGACAAUGGGAAAACUAGCUUGCCCAAUUUGCAUGAAGAAUUCUAAGGCAUUCACCCUUGAAUAUAGUAAAAAAACCUCAUGGUUUGAUUGUCAUCGACAAUUCUUACCACAAAAUCACCCAUAUAGAAGGAAUAAGAAUGCAUUUACAAAAGGUAGAGUUGAGACAUCAAUUCCUCCAAAAAGAUUAAGUGGUCAAGAGGUGUGGGAAAAAGUUAGAAAAUUACCUAGUGCGGAAGAAUCCAAAGAAUGUAAACCACCAGGCUAUGGGGUAGAUCAUCAUUGGACAAAACGAAGUAUAUUUUGGGAACUUCCAUAUUGGAAAACUCAUCUUCUCCCACACAAUCUCGAUGUAAUGCACAUUGAGAGAAAUGUGUUUCUUAAUAUUUUAUUCACUGUAAUGGAUACAAAAGGUAAGACUAAAGAUACUUUCAACUCUAGGAGGGACUUGAAAAAAUAUUGCAAGCGUAGGGGACUUGAGCUUCAACCUGGCAGCAAUGGUAACUUUGUAAAACCAAAGGCACAAUAUACAUUAACCAAACAACAACGAGUAGCUGAAGCAAAGUUGUUUGGCAUGAAGAGUCAUGACUGCCAUGUAUUCAUGCAACGUUUGCUACCAUUAGCCUUCAAAGCCUUACUCAAGCCGAUUUUGAAUACACUGACUGAAUUCAGCCAAUUCUUCAGAGAAAUUACGUCAUCUUUGUUGAGAGAGGAUAAAUUGCGUAGUUUGGAGGAAAACAUUCCAAUCAUAAUGUGCAAAUUAGAACAAAUAUUUCCUCCAAGCUUUUUUGACUCAAUGGAACAUCUUCCUAUUCAUUUAGCUUAUGAAGCAAGAGUUGGCGGUCCUGUGCAAUAUAGAUGGAUGUAUCCAUUUGAAAGGUUCAUCCGAACUUUAAAACAAAAGGUAACGAAUCAGGCUCGUGUUGAAGGUUCGAUUUGUAAAGCAUAUUUAUUAGAGGAGAUGUCCACAUUUGCUUCCUAUUACUAUCCACCCGAUGUUCCAUCAAGGAGAACAAGAGUGCCACGAAAUGAUGAUGGGGGAGAGGAUUUUUCAAUGGGUCCUCCAUUGUCAAUCUUUAAUUACCCGGGCCGUCCAUUUGGAAAAAGUACCACUUCUACCUUGGAUGAUAAGGAAAUGAAAGCUGCUCACUUGUAUAUUCUUUUAAAUUGUCCUGAAGUGGUACCUUACCUGGAUAUGCACUCUGAUUUGUUACGAGAGUUAGAUCCUCAGUUGAAUGAAACUGAUUUGGAUAAGCAAGUUUCCGCAUCAUUCCCAACAUGGUUCAAAACAUAUGUGCUUGAUUCAAGGAACAUGAUAGACGAUGUGCUUUUAAGGAGUUUGGCAUGGGGCCCUAUUAGAGAAGUUGUUAAAUGGUCUGGUUAUGUUAUUAAUGGCUACAAGUUUGUGAUCAAAUCUCGAAAUGAAGGGAUGAGUACAACCAAUCACAAUGUUUGUGUUCGGGGAGGGCAAUUUGAUUCAUUAGAAAAUGAUUACUAUGGAGUUUUGAAUGACAUUGUCGAACUAGAGUACACUGGUCACCCGACAAAGAAGGUGGUUUUAUUUCAAUGUGAUUGGUUUGAUCCUAGUUCUCAAGGGACAAAGAUGGAUGACUAUGGAAAUGUUGAGAUUAAAAAAUCUAGGAGAUAUCAAAAUUAUGAUCCUUUUGUAUUAUCCCAACAAGCUGACCAAGUUUACUUUACAUCAUUUCCUGAAGGGCAACAAGAAUAA